AAUAGGUUAGGUUAGGUUAGAACUGUGUCCUUUUCUUUGCUGGGAUCAGCGAUGAGGCGCCAUGACAGCCGCCGACGUUCGCUCGCGUCGUCACGUGACACGUCGUCUGCAAACCGUCUGGUUUCGAGGCUGAAACAGGAAGUGCCGCCAUGACGGUCCACGUAUCUGGACAUUAACCCUACAUUAUUUAUUUUUCAAAACUUAGCUGUCUAAAAGAUAAGAAGAUAAAGUUACAAGUAUGCAAAUAUAUGAUACCAAUGGAUAUUAAAUUAGAAAAUCUUGAACUUGUUCACUUAGGAAGAGAGUCAAAAUUUGAUUUAAUUCCUGAAGAUGACAGUUAUAUUAAUAAAUCUACAUUGGUUUUUGAUCUUCCCCCUGUAAUACCUGAUUUAUCUGAACAAUUAGAAGAAAUUUUAGAUCAUCCAGAAAAGCUUUCUAUUUAUGAUUUAGAUAAUGUUCAGAGACAUAUACCUCGAAAACCAAAUAUAUCUUCAUUAUUUACAACGGAGUUAUGUCCUUUACAAACAACUUUAAAAGCUGAGAGGAACAUGACCACUGGUGAAGUAAUAAAGUUUAACGAAGUUAUUAUUGAAGAUAAUGCAUCAAAUUCAAAAAAUUCAAUGUCAUUUAAACGAGCUCCAGAUGUGACCACAGAUGUGAAAGGAAAUCCCAAUAAUCUUCCAUUUUGGCCAGGUGGUUUUGAUGAUUAUUCUUUUGAAAAAUUGAAGGAUAACAUUAAGAAUCAAGAUAUUGACUUUGUCAAUGAUCUAUUAACAAUACCACCUGGAUUUGAAGUUGGAAUGAAAUUUGAGAAAAAGAAAGAAGAAAUUGAACAAUCUGUAAUUAAAUUGUCAGAUAUUUUGUCUUCAUAUGAUAUAUCUGAAUUAGAUUCAGUAGCAGAAGGAUUUGUGUUUGAGAGUAGUGAAGAUAUUGAUAGAAUUUCAGAUGCUACUGCUACUACUUCUACUACUAUAACAUCAGAAAAUGAUGAAUUAGAAGAAACUCUUUCUAAGACACCCGACGUUUUAAAUAUCAGUGAAACUAAAGAAAUUGAAACAGAAUCAACGACUGAUUGGGCUGUUGAAGUAAAUGUACUUCUUCCUGUUGAAGAUUUUCAUCAAAGAAUCCCAAAUAUGGCAUUUAAAUAUGAUUUUGAAUUGGAUACAUUUCAAAAACAAGCCAUUUUGCAUCUUGAGAAUAAUGAUAAUGUGUUUGUUGCUGCUCAUACAUCUGCUGGAAAGACUGUUGUUGCAGAAUAUGCCAUAGCUCUUGCAAUGAAGAGUAUGACAAAAGCAAUUUACACUUCACCUAUUAAAGCACUUUCCAAUCAAAAAUUUAAAGAUUUCAAGAAAACAUUUGAAGACGUUGGCCUGUUAACAGGUGAUAUUCAGCUAAAUAAAACUGCUUCUUGCUUAAUAAUGACUACUGAAAUUUUAAGAUCAAUGCUUUAUAAUGGUUCGGAAGUUGUAAGAAACUUGGAAUGGGUAAUUUUUGAUGAAGUGCAUUACAUUAAUGAUUCAGAGCGUGGAGUUGUAUGGGAAGAAGUCUUGAUUAUGUUACCAUCACAUGUUAAAUUAGUGCUUCUGAGUGCCACUGUGCCUAAUACAUUAGAAUUUGCUGAUUGGAUUGGGAGGAUAAAACAAAAGAAAAUUUAUGUAAUUACAACAUUGAAAAGACCAGUUCCUUUAGAACAUCAUUUAUAUACAGGUAGUGGAGGAAAAUCAAAAGGUGAAUUAUUUAUGAUUGUAGAUGCUGCAGGAAAUUUUAAGACACUUGGUUACAAUGCUGCUUUAAAUGCCAAACAAGAAAGAACAAGUAAACAUCAACAUUCAUUUGGACCUAAAGGUUAUCGAAACAAUGUUUCUGAAAAACAAGAUAAAAACACUUACAUAGGAUUAAUUGAAUAUCUUCGUCAACAUGAUAAAUUACCAGUUGUUUGUUUUACGUUGUCCAGAAAAAAAUGUGAUGAUAAUGCCCAGAUGCUUUCAAGUGUUGAUCUAACAGUAAAAGAAGAAAAGGGUGAAAUACAUAAAUUUGUGACUUCAUGUAUUUCUAAAUUGAACAAAUCUGAUCGAAAAUUACCCCAGGUUGUUACUAUGCAACAAUUGCUAAAAAGAGGACUUGGAGUUCAUCACAGUGGAAUUUUACCUAUUUUAAAAGAAGUUGUAGAAAUGUUAUUUGAAAGAGGACUCAUAAAAAUGCUGUUUGCUACAGAAACAUUUGCAAUGGGAAUCAACAUGCCUGCUCGAACAGUAGUUUUUGACAGUAUUAAGAAACACGAUGGACAGAAUUUUCGAGAAUUGCUUCCUUCAGAAUAUAUACAAAUGGCUGGACGAGCAGGAAGAAGAGGAAAAGAUAGUGAAGGAACAGUAAUUAUUAUGUGCAAAGCAGAUAUUCCUGAAACAUCAGUUUUAUAUAAAAUGAUGUUGGGUAAACCUACAAAAUUAGAAUCAAAAUUCAGAUUGACUUACAGCAUGAUUUUAAAUCUUCUUAAAGUUCAUAAUGAAAAUUUAAGGGUGGAAGAUAUGAUGAAACGGUCAUUUAGAGAGGCAUUUUCACAACGUAAUGUGAAGGAGGACGAGAAAGUUCUUAAAGAAUUAAUUGAAACUUUUACACAUUUGGAAAAAUUGGAAUGUGAAAUUUGUCAGUUUGACAUAAAACAAUAUUGUAAAAUGGUCCAGGAUUUCUAUAAUUCAAAAACAAACUUAUUGAAAAAGAUUUUUAAUAGUCAAUUUGGUUUGAAAUUGUUUUCUCAAGGAAGAUUAUUAACUGUUAAAACUUCAUAUCAUUCCAACACUUUUGGUGUUAUUCUGAAUUCAGAUAAAAAAGUUCUUAAAGUUUUAUUGAUGUGUAAAUAUUCAUCAGAACGAUGCAAGUCAACUACUGAUAUUCUGGAUAUGGACGAAGCAUCAAUUAAACAAUUACCCUGGUUGCCAAAGUUAUACGUUCCUGAAAGUGUAUCAAGUUAUCAUAUAACAAGUAUAUCGGUGAAUGAAAUACAAAAAAUAUUCAAUAAAGUAAUUAAAAUAGAUGCAAAUGAGAUAUUCAAUGAUUGGAAUAAACAAAUAAAAAAUGAUAAUGAAAUUCCUGGAAAAUCUAUUAAUAAACUUGUUCAAAAAUUACAUCAAAUGAUUAUGGAAAAUGAAAAUGGUUUGCCUCCAGUAGACAUCAUUAAAGAAUGUGGUGUUAGAGAUAUUGAAUUGUUUGAAAGAGUGAAAGAUAUUCUACAUACAUCAGAAGUUUUGGAAAAAUUUACUUGUUUAACUUGUGUGGAUUUCAUUGAUCAUUUUGUUAAGACAUUCAAAGAGAUUGAAUUAGAAAAGAAAAUGAAUAACUAUAAACUGAAGUUGUCUGAGAAAAGCCUACAGUUAUUGCCUGAAUACCAGGCACGAAUCAGGGUACUUCAAGAACUACAUUAUAUUGACAACACAAAUACCACUGAAAUGAAAGGAAAGGUUGCUUGUGCAAUGAGUAAUCAUGAAAUUUUUCUAACUGAAUUAUUAGUUGAUGAUGUCUUUAAAUCACUGAAACCUGAAGAAAUUGCUGCUUUGUUAUCUUGUACGGUAUUUCAGCAGAGAAUGGAUGAUGUUCCUGAUGAAGUUUUGCCUUUCUCCUUACAAGAGGGAAAGGAAAAAUUAUUGGCCAUAAUACAACAUAUUGGUGAAACUCAGGUGAAGUGUGGUUUGAAACAAUCAGAGAAGGAAUUUUCAGACCAGUACAAUUUUAAUUUAUGUAAUGUAGUAUAUGAAUGGGCUAAAGGCACAACGUUUAGCGAAAUUAUGAACAUUACCACCGUACAAGAAGGAAUCAUUGUUCGUUGCAUUCAACGAUUAGAUGAAAUUUUAAAGGAUGUCCGAGCCGCAGCAAGAACAAUAGGCAAUCCAGAACUGGAAGCUAAAACAGAAAAAGCAUCUCAAAUGAUUAAAAGAGACAUUGUAUUUGCUGCUAGCCUGUACAUCCAAUAAAUAAAAUGUAUUUAUAAAAUUUUUUUAUUACUUUUAAUCUCAAUACA